AUGUUUACAAAAACCUCAAAACAAGUCCUAUCUCCACUGGCUGAAAGUGUCAGUGCUCUUAUUGUCAUCAUCUCUGAUUCUGAACUCAAUGGAACUCCUAUUCCAGAUCUAUCCCAAUUGAGCCUGGCCCUAGAAUCCCAGUUGGCCAAUUUGCUCAAUGUGGCAACCAAGAUUGUUGAGCAACAAAUGGCAGAUGUUCAAAUAAAAAAGGAUAUGCCUGGUGCCUGUGAAGAAGUAUCGACCACUUCAAAAAUUCUGGUUUCGUCGGUCAAGGAGCUCAAACAAAACCCAGUAUCCAAUCUUGGUCGAACCCAGUUGCUCGAGGCUGUAAAGGGUAUUCUUUCUGGAACAACACAUAUACUACAAGUGGUUGACGAUGCUCAAGUCCGUAAGAUUCUUGCAGCAUCGACUGUAUUUCGAGAUCACUUGUCUGGGCUUCUCAACUGUCCUUCCAAACAAUCAGACGAUCAAUUAUUUCAGCAAAAGGCAAAAGCUUAUAUUCAAUGCGUUACACAAAUGUCCCAGCGUGUAGUCGUUCUUGCGCAGCUUGCGUCUCAGCGAGUAGGAGAAAUCUUGUCAGACUUUAUGCAGCAGGAACUACAGGAGGCUAUCAAAGUACUUACAAAGGAAAGUCCAUUGGUAGUGAGCGCUUGUAAGAUGGUGAUCACUCAGCCUGGCAUUGAAACUUCUGCAUCGAUCAUGAAGAGCAUAUGUGAACAGCUUCGAGAUGCUAGUUUGCGGAUUGAUGAAAUUGUUUUAUGGAAGGGAGAUGAGGAUCAUAGUACAGUGAUCAAUCAGAUAUCAUCCCAUGAAAAUGCUGAAAAACGACGAAAGGCGGCAAUGCAUAUGAUUGUAGAGCCAUUUUCUACUCUUAAUGUAUCCGAAUCUUGUCAAAAAAUCUACCAAAACUACCUUGUGACAUGCAAAGAAAGUUUAAAAGAGCUGCAAGGCUCACUUUCCACGAUCGGUGUAACCAAGCAAACCACGUUUUCCUAUACUCUUGCAAAUGAGCUGCAAACUAAUAUUUCUAGGCUUGAAGAACUCAUCAACAACACAAAAUAUAGCGAAUUUUCUACGGCCAACAAAGACGCAAUCGACGUUGAAAUCAAAGAGCUGAUGUCUUCCAUUGACAAAGGCUUUACUAUUUUGGAAACAAGUGUUUCUAGAUGUCUUGUUGGAGACCUUGUUAGCACUAUUGGCACGCUUUCUGAACCAACACGUCCCGGAUCACUAGUGUCAACCAUGCUACUUUCUGCUGAAGCUCAGGACUGUGUAGCAAUGGCAGAAUCUAACCGUCAAUUUAUCCUAGCAAAUCAAAAGCUUGGUAAUCUCAUCAACCAUACUCUUUCUGCUACUGAACAUGCCAAUCCGCAACAAUGUCAAUUGGUACGCCUGAAGACCUCUCGUGUUGAAAAGCUGCAAUGUGCUGUAUCUCUUGCUAGUGAUAUGGUUCGUGUCAAUCCUACAGACAAUAUAUCCCGAGAACACUUCAAGACAAUCAUGGCUUCUUACGUUGAAGCGGUUCGAGAUUUACAAGCAGUAGUUAUAAUGCAAGAAGGUAUAUUUUCUGCCGACAAUCUCGUGUUUGGUUCUAAAAAAGCAUUUGAUCAGCAAGCGGACGCUCUCUGUGCCGAUCUGGCUCAAGGAGUCAAGCCUGAAAUCAUGGCUCAUCGUCUAGCAUCCCUUCAAGCAGCAGCGUCUCAGUUUAUUGCUGUAGCUGAAAAGGAAAAGGAAUACAGUGAAGAUGUGGGAUACAAGUCUGAAUUGGACAUGAAACUCAAUAUUGUCCAAACUGUUUUUAAUGGACUCGUUGCCAAUGUUCAAACGCUUAUGUUACAAAACGUACCCGUAACGGCCGAUCAGAUGGAAGGUAUUCAUCUUGUGGUUGAAAAUCUUACCGAGCAACUAUCUAGUCUUGGAUCCACAGUAGGAUCAUACAAGGGUGGUAGCGAUGAGGUUUUGAUCAAACCGCCACCUGUUUCUGCAGCAGUGAUUUCUAUAGAAUCCAUUGCCGAGGUUCCUGUCAAAUCCGAGGAUAAAGAUUUGGAAUGUGUGAAUCAGCAAAUAAGCACGCUGAUGGUUGCCGGACCGCCUGUUGACUCGAAUCGAACAUCACGUCCCUCGCGUACAUCGUUUGUUGAGGACGAAGCCUUGCGUGCUUUAACCAAAAUGGUGUCUGAAACGGUUGUUGUGAAUGAGAUUGCACCACAGAUGCUCACUGUUGAAGAAGCCAUCUUGAAUCCGAUCAAGGCUGCAGGACAGGAACUGAUGGUAGAAGCAUCAAUCUGGGCUACAGAAAACAAUCCGAUUAUUGAAACUGUCGCGUGCAUGUCGCAGCGGAUGCUGGAUCUAUCACAACACCAUCAAAAACUGAUCUAUUCAGGUCAAAAUGCAGGAGCCAAACGAUUGUUUAUUCAAUCAGCACAAGCCAUCCUGGUGGAUGCCAACACACUUCUUAAAGUAGCCCAACCUUUGGCAGAGUCAUGCACAGACAGAAGACUUCGUAUACAGCUGAACGGUACGCUUACACACAUGACGACACUUGCGCAGCAGCUCAAGAUUGUAGCAGCAGUAAAGGCGUCGUCGCCGUUAGAUUCAGACCGAGAUGUGCAGUUGAUAUCGUGCGCGCAAAAUCUAAUGAAGAGUGUCAAGACGGGACUGCGUGAAUGCGUCAGCUGCAGUCUGCGAGUCAAGAAAGGAGCCGAGGGAUCAGUCAGUGGAGGGAUUAUAAAGUUCCGUAGAGUCAUCUAUGCAGAGAACAAUUCUUGAGUAAUAAUGAAGAAUAGAUCCAAUUGAACCAGAUUUGAAUAAACCAAGUUUAUACCAUC